AUGAACGUGACAAGGCCGUUGUCACGGUACCUGGACAACCCAGACGCCGCGGCGGAGCGACCGCCGGAGGGCCCAGGAUCCGGGUUCCUCGUCGUGGAGGACGAGGCGGCCGUCGAGCAGGCGGCCACCAUUUGCUGCGGAUUGUGCCAUGACCCGCGGGUGCGCACCCUCCCCUUCACUCAGAGCUGGAGGCUCUACAUGGGCGAAGACAACGUGGUCGUCUUCGUCCCCGUCGUCGGCGAGCCGUUGUCGGCCGGCUGCUACUACGUCGACCGGUCCACCGGCAGCCACCACGCCGGGAAGGUGCUGGCGUAUGCACUGUUAGGAAAUAAACCUGACCGUGUGUGUUCAGAUCAGUUCGCGUGCGUCGUGUGUGUGUUUGUUGUUAACGCGUCCGUCGCAAGGAGGUUCGUCCGAAGAGGGGAGAUGAUGACGCCGCCGAAGACGCUUCGCAUCGAGGACUCGAGCUCCAGCGGCACCGGUGAUGGCAGCGCACCGCGUCAGGCCGUGGUGGAGCGCGUCGUGCCCAAUUCCAGCGUCGUGGAGCUGCCGAUGCUAACCAGGGCUAACUAUCAUCAGUGGGCCUCGGUUAUGCGGGUGAGCUUGGAGGCGUUGGAGUUGUGGGACGUGGUGGAGGCGGUCACCAACGACCGCGCUAAGGAUCGGCGGGCGUUGGCCGCCAUCUUGCGUGCGGUGCCAUCGGAGAUGAAGGCCGGGCUCGCCGUGAAGACGUCGGCGAAGGAGGCGUGGGACUCGGUGAAGAAGAUGCGAGCCGGCGACGACCGCGUGAAAUCGGCGUGCAUGCAACGCCUCAUGAAGGAGUUUGAGAACAUGGCGUUCCGCGACGGGGAGACCGUUGGUGACUUUGCGAUGCGCAUCAAUAGGCUCACCGCGAGCCUGCGCGACCUCGGGGAGGAGAUGGAAGACAGUCGCAUGGUGAAGAAAGUCCUGCGCGUGGUCCCGAAGAGGUUGAAGCAAGUCGCGGUGGCGAUUGAGAUGCUCGCGGACAUGGAUGUCAUGUCCGUCGAGGAGCUCGUCGGGCGCCUGCAAGUGGCGGAGGACGCCGACGCUGAAGAUCACGUGGAGGCCCAUGGAGCCGGGACGUGCGGAUCGUGCGAGCAAAGGCCGGGGAAGGAGUUCGUGCUCCAUUUGUGCGUCACCCUGGGCCUAUAUAAGCAUAUGUUCAUCCUGUUGUUUGAUCACCCGAGUGAAAAUAGAGAAAAGCCGGCAUUCGUUGCCAGGGCGUUCGUUGCCAUUGUCAAGCUUCACAAGCUCUGCUACUCACUCUCGUGUUUGUGUGUCUCCGAUCUUGGCCAUUUCCAACACGCACGGGAGGAGGACAAGACGAGGAUCCUCUUCUUGUCCUUCGUGGACGACGCGCCACCGAGGCCGUUCCACCACGGCGACGUCUACCAGCAGGUGGAGGUGGCGCCACACUACCCGAUGGGAUUCAAGGCGGCGGCGGUCGCGCCGGAUGGCGUCCCGCCGAGCUUGCUGAGGUUGAAGGGCUGGCAGGUGAGCAAGACCUCGCGUACGAGCUACGACGGCCUCGCCGACCACGCGCACUGGGUAGACUGGCCGCUCCGCCGCCGGAUGCCAGACCUCGACGGCUUCGGCAUCGGCGCGGGAGGCGGCUCGCCGGCCGCCGUCGUCGGCAAAUGGUACUGCCCGUUCAUGUUCAUCAGAGACGGCGAGCGGCGGCUCAAGGACCAGGUCAACCGGUGCAUGUUCUACGAGAUGACGCUGGAGCAGAGGUGGGAGGAGAUAUACAGCUGCGACAACACUCACCGGGGCAGCAUCAGCGGCAAGCAGCCGGAUGAUGAGGUCAAGGUGAACGUGACGGUGCGCCGGUCGACGGCGCUGCUAGGCGGCACCGGUGCAGUAGUGCAAGAAGGUGGGCCUCAGGAGGUCGACGGGGUGAUGUGGUUUCGACCGGCGGCGCCGCCGCCGAACUCUGGCGCGGCAGGUGGAGUUGGGGUGGACAUGGUGGUGUGGGAGAAGAUGAAGUGGGAGCUGGAGAGAGGAGGGUGGGUCGACGGUAAUGGCGACGUGGAGAGUAUCGAGAGGGUGGAGAGGCGUGAGGCGCUGGGUCGGUACUGGGACAAACCAAAUGGGUAUGAGCAAACGAUGUACUACUGCAACUAUCGAAUUUUAAUUGUUUCUGUUAAUGUAUGAUAGCUUAAAGAGAGUCGUUACAUAUUACUAUAUCUGUAACAGUUGUUUAAAUCAAUCGUUAGAGAUAUCUAUUGGAGUU